GCAGAAAUUUUGGCUGUGAAAUUUCACACUACGAUAACUGAGAAGUGGGGAUUCAGCAUGGAGUACUGUCGUGGCCAGGCUUACAUUGUGUCCAGUGGAUUUUCUUCCAAAAUGAAAGUUGUUGCUUCUAGACUUUUAGAGAAAUAUCCCCAAGCUAUCUACACACUCUGCUCUUCCUGUGCCUUAAAUAUGUGGUUGGCAAAAUCAGUGCCUGUUAUGGGAGUAUCUGUCACAUUAGGAACAACUGAGGAAGCUUGUUCUUUUUCCCAUCAAUCACCACAACUGCUUUUAGAGCUUGACAAUGUAAUUUCUGUUCUAUUCCAGAACAAUGAAGAAAGGGGCAAAGAACUGAAGGAAAUUUGCCAUUCUCAGUGGACAGGCAGGCAUGAUGCUUUUGAAAUCUUAGUGGACCUCCCACAAGCACUUGUUUUAUGUAUAGAUGGUAUAAAUAGUGACACAAAUGUUAGAUGGAAUAACUGUAUAGCUGGCCGAGCCUUUGUACUCUGUAGUGCAGUAACAGAUUUUGAUUUCAUCGUUACCAACAUUGUUCUUAAAAAUGUUCUAUCUUUUACAAGAGCCUUUGGGAAAAAUAUUCAGGGGCAAACUUCUGAUGUCUUUGCAGCCAGUAGUUUGGCUGCAGUGCUGCAUUCACUAAAUAAAGUGAUGGAAAAUAUCGAAGUUUAUCAUGAAUUUUGGUUUGAGGAAGCCACAAAUUUGGCAACCAAACUUGAUAUUCAGAUGAAACUCCCAGGGAAAUUUCACAGAGCUCAGCAUAGUAACCUGGAAUUUCAGCUAACCUCUGAGAGUUACUAUAAAGAAACUCUAAAUGUUCCAACAGUGGAACACAUUAUUCAGGAACUGAAAGAUAUCUUCUCAGAACAACACCUCAAAGCUCUUAAAUGCUCACCUCUGGUACCCUCUGUCAUGGGACAGCUUAAAUUCAAUACAUCAGAGGAGCAUCAUGCUGACAUGUACAGAAGUGAUUUACCUAAUCCUGACACACACUCUGCUGAGCUGCAGUGUUGGAGAAUCAAGUGGAAACACAGAAGGAAAGAUAUAGAGCUUCCAUCCACUAUUUAUGAAGCCCUU